GUUAUACGUAUAUAUAUAAGGAAAUAGGGUGUUAUCUUAUCAUAUAUGUAUUACAGUAACUGGACUCAUCUAUGAAGGCAUAACGCAACACAUGACUCUCGUUUGAUGAACUACACCGUGGAAACCUUUUAAUCGGCAUUAAAUCGUCUACUUACACACGCCCCAAUACAUACCUACAUACUCACAAACACACAUACACACAUAGAAAUGGAUGACUUAGAAAUUUCUGAUGAUUUUGAAAGAUUCUGUCAAAUAGCUCAACGUUCGCCAAGAGACAGUCUUGCGCCUAUAAUACAAAUUACAGAACCUUCAUCAUACCAUGGAAAUACUACUACUACCAAUAAUAAUUUACCUCCAGGCGCUACAGAUUACUUGUCUACACCGAAUAUCGAAUCACUGAAACGUGCAUCAAGUUUUCGUGAGCCUAGACGUAGGAAAUCAAUUCAACCAAGUAGUUUCAGUGGUGAGAUUAGUGCGACUAGAUCACCGAUGAGAUUUAGUCAACAAUGGGAUAAUCCAAAUGAAAUGAUACAAUCAGGUUGUAGUAGCGGAUCACGACUACACAGACAACAACAACAACAGCAACAACAACGUCAAAGGUAUGCAAAUGAAACGAAUGAUUCAAGCGGUUUAAGAGGAGGUGAUCCAUCAAGGUAUUGGCCAAAUCCAGAUUCAAAUCGUGAAUCUCCUGGAUCAUAUUCACAUUCCCCUGCAAUGUAUCGACCUGGAACAAUACGUGAUCGACCGGGUUCUAUGAAAGAGACUGGUAUCGGACGGACAAAAAAUCAUGAGAGACAUACCUCACGACCAUCUGCUCCAACACUACAUCCAACUAAUUUUCCAGUUUUCCAAUAUUCACCAAGUCGACAUUCUAUCACUCAACCAGAUGAACAAAUGUUACGCGUUCGACGUUUUGAACGGAAUAAACACGGUGAAGUGAUAAGUAAGGGUGAUCGUGAUGUUCCACAGAUUGAAAUUUUCUCUUCAAGAAGUCCAUCAGGUGAUUCACGUGCAUCUAUAGCUUAUCCAAGAUCAAUUCCUGAGAGUAUUCGACGUCAAUCGGAUUCAUCUUUAAGUGAUGAAGUUAUCGAAAUUCCAGCGAUAACAACAACACUAGCUAACUCGCCCAGAGCUUCAAACGACGGUCUACACAGAUACUAUGGUAAGCGCACAAGUAGUCCAGUGAGAGGAUUUAGACCAGAAACACGUUUAAGAUCAAAAUCAUGGGCUCUUGUCUCUGAUAGUCCACCAGACAGUUUAUCUAAUAAACCUGAUUCUCCAUCUGGUGGUGAAAUACAACUAGAGGAUCGUUUACUUCAAGUUCAAGUGAUUGGAACUGCACGAGUUGGCAAAACAAGUAUGUGUAUGCAAUUUCAUACUUCAGAGUCAAUUGAAGAUCCAAGUGAUUCAGUUCAUGACGAGGAACAAUUAAAUCCGGUUCGAGUUGAAAUUAACAAUUUGAAAGCCAGUCUAAUAUUUAUGGAGACAGAUAUCAAUGCAGAUGAUGUUGAUGAAGAAUUGAACGCUUUAAUCAUAGACACAGCAGAUGCUUAUCUUGUAAUUUAUGCAGUUGACGAUCGAAGUUCAUUUUAUGCUGCACGUAAAAUUAUCGGUUUAUUAUUAAGUCAAUGUAAGCGGUCGAGUGCAAUUAUUUUGGCAGCUAAUAAAUCUGACUUGGUUAGAACACGUGUUGUCACUAGUGAAGGUAAGUGAAAUUAUCACCCUUUUAUUUUCUGCUCAGUUUCUUUUAUUGCUUUCCCUUUUAUUCUUGAGUAAUUUCACUGGACGAAUGUCCUGAAGUUGUUAGGAGAAGUAAGUCGUGGUCAUUAGAGUUGACAAUAUCAUGGUGAAGCCAAUGCUCAUCAUCAUCACCAUAUCAUGAGCUGACAAAGUGACAAUUCCCAGGCCACUGAAUCCGGACAUAAGUGGAUGACAGUUUUGGGAUCAAUCCUCUUUUGGAUCAUAGGUAUGCUAUGGUGAAGAGUCCCGAACUAGUACGGAUCAGCUGUCAAAUGCCCCUUGCUGGUGUUCAAGGAUUCCUCUAUCUCACGUUGGCUACUGAAAAAAUUCUCAUUGGAAUUGAUACAAAUUCCUCCGGAAUCACUGAUAUGAAAUUGACAAUAGUUUUUAGUUAACACAAAUUACUCGUGUAGCAGUUAUCUUACAGAAUUAUUAUUUAUUUGGUCUAUGUAGAAACUUGUAAUGGUUUACAAGUGUGACAUGAAAUAUUAUGAGUCGUUCGCGACCAAACUAUAGACUGUUUCAAUUAACUUCAUGACUGUACCGAUUUUCUAAGUGAGCACUAUGUGGGUUGUUACAAGACAGAAUAAACAUGCCAAUUUGAUGGCUGUGUAUAGAGGAUGUUGGUUUUAAGCCAGAUAAUUGAGCAUUACCAAAAUCUCCCAGUUUAUAAAGUUAGUUAGCACUGUGACGCGGUAACCAACCCGUUAUGAUGUCAUCAGUAUAAUAUUUUGCCAUAACACUGAGAUUUGAAAGAGGGAGUUCCAGUUGGACACGGAUGAGCUAAUCACGGACAGAGCUUGACUACGCCAACAACAUUAUAUGACAGCUGCUUGUUCUUUAGCCCGCUUUGCAUAAGAGAGAGCGCACAAUGACGCGAAUCAAAAAGUUUAUUUCAAUAUCAGCCACAGUAAAUUUUACCCAUUAAUGUCUGAUUCAAAAAUUCACCAAGAAUAUAUCAUUUAGUCUAUAACUAUGAUCAAUAAAAUAGUAGGUGUUAUUUUAUGUAGACUAAUUCUGAUUGGCUUAUUCUCAGACUGAACAUCGAUCACUUACGCAGGCCAAUUCUGAUUGGUUGGUUUCCAGAAUGACCAUGGUUACCAUAACAUUAAUAAAGGAUAAUCAACUGUUUAUGUGUCUACAUAUCAAAACCCUGAAAAUAGAUCAACCAACGUUUCUAUCUGAACUCUUCUGGAUUCAUUUUUCAAAAAUAUAUACUGAAACAAAUUGUGGUAUACUGAAAUAUCUAGACUUACAAAAAUAAAUGCCAGAAGAUCUGAACUUCGCAGAUGACUUAUGCUUCGUGUUUCAUAAACUCAAAUAUAAACAAGCAAAAAUAAAAAAAAACUGGCUACAAAGGCAGUGAAAUUAGGACUUUAGGUGGACAAUGAGAAGACAGUAAUAA